AUGGUGAUACAAGUGAGAGAACGAAGUGAUGAUGUCAGAACUAGGAUGAAGUACCGAGCACCAAAUGGGACGUGUGGAUAUCUGCUGCGCGGAGUUGUGAAGGAAAGAGAGAAAGAGAAGAGAGAGGGUGAGAAGGAGAGGAAAGGGCUGGCUGGGGGAAAAAAAGGAACAACAAGUAGAGAUUGUUCUGCUGGCCGGUGUUCGCUAGCCAGUGGUUGGACUAAGUAUGUAAUGUAG